CUCCCAGCACUCAGAAAAAGACUCGUCCUUUCCUGCCCAGCUUGAGACGGGCUUUAGAGCCCACGGAGACCCGCGUGGGUUGGAACCCCGAUUCGGGCUUUUAGUGCCUGCGGGAAAUUUUGGGGAGCUGCGCAGCCGGGAGGGCAGAGCCGGCGGCGCGCUAAGGGGCUGCAGCUGCUAAUUAACAGCACCGCUAAUGAAUCCCUCCCCCUGCCACAUACCCCGCCAGCCCCUGCCUUCCUCCCUGCCUCCUCCCGGGGCGCGCUCGCCCGGGAGCGCGCAGUGCGGCGCGGCCGCGCCCGGGAGCGCGCAGUGCGGCGCACCGAGCCCCGGCUGCGGCGAGCCCCGGCGCUCCCCGAGCAGCUGAGGAUCCAUCUGUGCAUGCCACUGGUCUGCUCGCCUUGGGGGACGCAACUGAGUUCCUAACGCUGCCCAGGCGUCCAAAAUGGUCAUGCAAAGACACCCCCUCACCUGCGCAGGAAUAGCAUUCGCUCUCUACCUUCAUCACCUCGUCAGCACCAUCGAAGUCCCUCUGGAUUCAAAUAUUCAGAGUGAAUUGCCUCAGCCCCCCACAAUCACCAAGCAGUCUGUGAAGGACUACAUCGUCGACCCAAGGGAUAACAUCUUCAUUGAAUGUGAAGCCAAAGGGAACCCCGUUCCCACUUUUUCCUGGACGCGGAACGGGAAGUUCUUCAACGUGGCGAAGGACCCCAAGGUGUCCAUGCGACGGCGGUCGGGGACGCUUGUCAUCGACUUCCAUAGCGGGGGACGGCCGGAGGACUACGAGGGCGAGUACCAGUGCUUCGCCCGGAAUGACUACGGCACUGCUCUCUCCAGCAAAAUCCACCUCCAGGUUUCUAAGUCUCCCCUGUGGCCCAAGGAGAAGGUGGAUGUGAUAGAGGUGGAUGAAGGCGCUCCGCUCAGCCUGCAGUGCAACCCGCCGCCCGGCCUGCCCUCUCCCGUCAUCUUCUGGAUGAGCAGCUCCAUGGAGCCCAUCCACCAGGACAAGCGCGUCUCCCAGGGCCAGAACGGUGACCUGUACUUCUCCAACGUCGUGCUGCAGGACGCCCAGACCGACUACAGCUGCAACGCGCGCUUCCACUUCACCCACACCAUUCAGCAGAAAAACCCCUACACCCUCAAGGUGAAAACCAAGAAACCCCAUAACGAAACGUCUUUACGAAAUCACACUGACAUGUACAGUGCCCGAGGGAUUACAGAAACAACUCCCAGCUUCAUGUAUCCCUACGGGACCUCAAGCAGUCAGAUGGUGCUCAGAGGGGUGGACCUCUUGCUGGAGUGCAUUGCUUCAGGAGUACCAGCACCAGACAUCAUGUGGUACAAGAAAGGAGGAGAGCUCCCAGCAGGCAAAACCAAGCUGGAAAACUUUAACAAGGCUCUUCGUAUCUCCAAUGUUUCUGAGGAAGACUCCGGGGAAUAUUUCUGCUUGGCGUCGAACAAGAUGGGCAGCAUCCGCCACACGAUCUCGGUGAGAGUGAAGGCUGCUCCAUACUGGUUGGAUGAACCCCAAAACCUCAUUCUGGCCCCUGGUGAGGAUGGCAGGCUGGUGUGUCGAGCCAACGGGAACCCCAAGCCUGCGAUACAGUGGCUGGUGAACGGCGAGCCUAUAGAAGCUUCUCCCCCCAACCCAAGCCGAGAGGUGUCUGGAGACACCAUUGUAUUUCGAGAUACCCAGAUUGGCAGCAGUGCCGUGUACCAAUGCAACGCGUCCAAUGAGCACGGCUACCUUCUCGCCAACGCCUUUGUCAGUGUCCUGGACGUGCCUCCACGGAUACUGGCCCCCCGCAAUCAGCUCAUCAGGGUCAUUCAAAACAACAGGACCCAGCUCGACUGCCCUUUCUUUGGCUCACCGAUCCCCACCUUGAGAUGGUUUAAGAAUGGCCAGGGGAACACGCUGGAUGGAGGAAACUACAAGGCCCACGAGAACGGGAGCUUGGAGAUGAACAUGGCUCGGAAGGAGGACCAGGGCAUCUACACCUGCGUCGCCACCAACAUCCUGGGUAAAGCGGAGGCCCAGGUUCGCCUGGAGGUCAAAGACCCAACCAGGAUUGUGAGAGGACCAGAAGAUCAAGUGGUGAAGAGGGGCUCCAUGCCUCGCCUCCACUGCCGAAUAAAACACGACCCUACACUGAAACUCACAGUCACCUGGCUGAAAGAUGACGCACCCCUGUACAUCGGAAACAGGAUGAAGAAAGAAGAUGAUGGUCUGACAAUAUAUGGCGUGGCUGAAAAGGACCAAGGGGAUUAUACCUGCAUAGCUAGCACAGAGCUGGACAAGGACUCGGCUAAAGCGUACCUCACCGUGCUGGCUGUCCCUGCUAACCGUUUGAGAGACUUACCAAAAGAACGACCCGACCGGCCCCGUGACUUGGAGCUGACAGACCUGGCCGAGAGGACCGUGCGGCUGACGUGGAUUCCCGGCGACGACAAUAACAGCCCCAUCACAGACUACAUCGUCCAGUUUGAGGAGGACCGGUUCCAACCUGGCAUGUGGCAUAACCACUCCAGAUACCCCGGGAGCGUCAACUCGGCCGUCCUGAGCCUCUCUCCUUACGUCAACUACCAGUUUCGGGUGAUUGCGGUGAACGACGUAGGCAGCAGCCUGCCCAGCAUGCCCUCCGAACGGUACCAGACCAACGGGGCACGUCCUGAAAUUAACCCAACAGGAGUUCAAGGUGCAGGGACCCAAAAAAACAACAUGGAGAUAACCUGGACGCCUCUGAACGCAACUCAAGCUUAUGGGCCCAACCUCAGGUACAUCGUGAGAUGGAGGCGAAGGGACCCCCGAGGGAGCUGGUACAACGAGACAGUGAAGACACCAAGGCAUGUUGUCUGGAACACCCCCAUCUACGUACCCUACGAGAUCAAAGUGCAGGCAGAGAACGACUUUGGCAGAGCCCCGGAGCCUGACACCGUCAUCGGCUAUUCAGGGGAAGAUUAUCCCAAGGCUGCGCCUACGGAUGUUAGGAUAAGAGUUUUAAACAGCACUGCCAUUGCUCUGACCUGGACCCGAGUGCACCUGGACACCAUCCAGGGACAGCUCAAGGAGUACAGAGCCUAUUUCUGGAGAGACAGUAGUUUGCUGAAGAACCUGUGGGUCUCCAAAAAACGGCAGUAUGUGAGUUUUCCUGGAGACCGAAACCGGGGCAUAGUGUCCCGGCUGUUUCCUUACAGCAACUACAAGCUUGAGAUGGUUGUAACCAACGGGAGAGGAGAUGGGCCACGCAGUGAAGUUAAGGAGUUCCCCACACCAGAAGGAGUGCCCAGCUCCCCCAGGUAUUUAAGAAUCCGACAGCCAAAUAUGGAAAGCAUCAAUCUGGAGUGGGAUCACCCAGAGCAUCCCAAUGGAGUCCUCACAGGAUACAACCUUAGAUAUCAAGCCUUUAAUGGAUCCAAAAUGGGCCGAACCCUGGUAGAGAACUUCUCUCCCAAUCAGACAAGGUUCACCCUGCAGAGGACAGACCCCAUCUCACGUUAUCGCUUCUUCCUGCGCGCACGGACCCAGGUGGGAGAAGGAGAAACCCUAGUGGAGGAGUCGCCAGCCUUGCUGAACGAAGCCACGCCAACCCCAGGUACCGUACCAGCCGGAGGAGCUGCAACUGGGACGCCUCCAACUACGGUCGGGCUAACCAGUACUACAACCACCCCAACUACCACCGACACAACCACCACCACCACCGACACAACCACCACCACCACCGACACAACUACCACAACUACCACCACCACCACCGACACAACCACCACCACCAGUACAGCCGCCACCACUCCACCCGCCACCACCGCCGCCAGCACUACAGCAGCUACAGAGCGGGCUCCGGCAGCCACCACAAAGCAGGAGUUGGCCACCAAUGGAUCGUCCAUAUGGGACAUAAGAGCUAUGGCUAAUAGUAACUGGGCAAACAUCACCUGGAGCCACAAUUACUCUGCAGGAACUGACUUUGUGGUUAAGUAUAUCACCAGUAACAAGACAGAGAAAUCUAUCCCUGUUAAAGCUCAGACCCCUUCCUCUGUGCAGCUGGCGAAUCUGACGCCGGGAAUGAUGUACAAGCUGUGGGUGUUCCCCAUAUGGUCUAGCCCCAGCGAGCACUCGUACAUAACCUUUACCACCAGCUCAGCUUAUACCAAGAAUCACGUCGAUAUCGCAACGCAGGGCUGGUUCAUCGGGCUGAUGUGUGCCAUUGCUCUCCUGGUCCUUAUUCUGUUGAUCGUCUGCUUCAUUAAGAGGAGCAGAGGCGGGAAAUACCCAGUACGAGACAAUAAAGAUGAGCAUCUAAAUCCCGAAGACAAGAACGUAGAAGACGGGUCGUUCGACUACAGGUCUCUUGAAAGCGAUGAAGACAACAAACCCCUGCCAAACAGCCAGACCUCCCUGGACGGCACGAUAAAGCAGCAGGAGAGUGACGAUAGCUUGGUGGACUAUGGAGAGGGGGGCGAAGGGCAGUUUAAUGAGGACGGCUCCUUUAUCGGGCAGUACACGGUGAAGAAGGACAAAGAGGAGACCGAAGGCAACGAGAGCUCAGAAGCCACCUCCCCAGUCAAUGCGAUCUACUCGUUGGCAUAGUGCAACGCGCUGAAACCACAAACAGCCUGAGGUGUUUGUAGUGGAUGGGGGUUAAACAACAGCCGCCGCCGCCACUACCCGCGAUAGAAACGUGUGAUUGAAACCAACCAACAAUGACAAAAAAACAAAAAAAGGAGAAAAAAAAAAAAAAAAAAAAGAGCUUAAAAAAAAAAAAAAUCCAAGCGAACCGGCAGACCAGGUGGCUGCCGAUGCCAUCUUAUCCUUAGCAAACAAGCGAAUGGCAAGGACUCCCGGGGCGUGGAUGGGUUGUAGCUGUAGCUGAAAUCUGGGCUGAGCCAGAGAGGCUGGAGGAGGAGUGGGAUGCUCGAGCUACACCCCAGCUUUGGGGCUGGCCCCAGCACCCAGAGCCAGCCCGGCAGGAGCCACACGAUGGGCUCGGCCCCCCAGGCUCCCCGAGGCCCUUUUUGUUCAUUUAGGAGGGAAUUAAAAAAAUUCUUCUUUUUAAUCUUUACAGGAAGGUUCCAGAUAAGAGGGGAAGGGGUGGGGGGAAAGAAAAAAAAAAAGAAAGAGAGUUUAGGGAGGGAUGAGGGGUGAGUGGGGCCUGGGCAGAGCAACAUAAACGCAUGAAAGGAGGAAAGUGGUGGAUCUUUGGGUAACGACACCACGGCACUGUAUUACCGAGAUGUCCAUCCUCACAGCAGCACCUUGCCCACAGCCUCUCCCAAACUAGUCAGCACCACAACCGCCUUCCCAAAAGAUCAACAGCACCUAUGCAGGAAGAGCAGGUCCCCACCGCUUCCCUCGGCACCGUCACUCGCAUCGGGGCUGAGGCUCCACGGUCCGUCCUCCCUGCAAAGCCCAUGGGGGGGUCACCCGCCACCCCCACGGGGCUCCGGAGCACCCUCAGAGGACAAGAGGUUGCAGAAGAGCUUGUGGGAUUUGUGGAAGGACGGUCAGGUGCCGCUCAUCCUCCAGGAUAACAGCAUUGCUUGCCUGGGUAAUUGCAGGCAAACUAUUUUGGUUUAGUCUUUGCUUUGUAAGAAUUUGGGGGGGGGGGUAAACUCUCCCCAGACCGUUCCUGCUUUCUUUUAAAGGCAACUCCAUAAAUCUUAUGUAGCAAAGAGGGAGUGGAAACAGGAUUAGUAUUAACGUAGGAUGAGGGGACCAGAAAUAGCUUAUUAAAAAAAAAAAAAAAAAAAAAAAAAAUAUCAAAGCCACCCAGUCAGGAUGAGAAGCACCCACUGGGAUCGGGUGGAGGAUCCUGAUCUGCAGCUUGAACGGUUCAGGGACGCGUGUCCCUCGGGAGACAGGGAGGAAGGCACGUGGCGGGAGCUCAGGACCCGAGGUCCCCAUCUUCCUGAGGCACUGGGGAUGAGCCGGACUGACAGUGUUUCCCACUAAACCCCCCUCCUCAUUUCUGACAGUGGCCUUUUCCCCCCCCUCCAUCAAUCAGCCUGAGCGAGACCCUUCCACAAGCGAGCGCCUGCACCGUGGGACUUCCCCUCCGCUGUCUUAUUAUUUACAUAUCAAGACAAACACGCGAUUUAAGUUAACCCGUUAACACACCGUAACAAAGCGUCUCGGAUAGGAGUGCUCCUUCACAUGCCUUACACAGCUUCAGACUUCCCGUGAAGUUUAAUAAACUGAUACUAUUCCAUUCCCCCACCGCUUACGCGCCCCAACGCAAUGGUCUUUGAUCCACCAGACCAGUAGGAGUAGGAUGCCUGGGCAGCUCUCCCAGCUGAGACAGCAUGGAUCACUGUAGAAGGUAGAGUUUUAUAAUAGACCGUACUUAGUGGCCGAUGCCAUGUGUAUUCUCCCACUUCCUGCACUUUUGAAACCAAAGGUACCUUCGCUGAGAGAGAUUGGAUUUCUUCAGACCGUUUCACAGACAGCGAACGACGUUAGGAUGGAUUUUUCUUUCGUUUCUUUUUCCAAGGAGGAUGUUUUUGUUCGGCAUAAUGGAUUAAAUGCAAUAGGAUUAAUGCAAUUAUUCUUUUAGCUUUCAAGCUGGUUUGCUAUGAAGACAUACUGCUAACAAGAACACUUCUACUAAUAUGGAUUGUUGCGAUGGACUUUGCCGCAUUCUUUAAGCUGCUAAUGGCACAACUAUCCUGUGCUUCGGGGAAGAGCUCGGGCCCGGUCAGCACCUACUGCUGGAUCACACAGGGAAAACAGGAGAGAGCUGGAUGCAAACCAAACAGCGAAGGAGUUACAUUCACCAGGAGGGUUUAGGCUGGUGUUGACAAGCAGAGCCCCCUCCUAGAGCUGGGGGAGCUCCCAGAGCAUCCCCAGGGCAGGGAUGUCCCCUCCCCACUGCACAAGAACCCAUCUGCCAGGGUCCUCCACCCGUGUCAUCUUACAGAGUAGGAGCCACACAUCUCGCUCCGUUACCACCAGUGUAAAUGCAUUCGUGCAACAAGCCCGUUUUCUACUGCUGCCACUCGCCACUGAUCCGGUUGAAGGAGAGCAUCUCCCAGCCCAUUCCCAGGACACGCAUUCGGUUUUUAAGCAAACACACGAGGCCAAAUAUAACACAGCCCUCGGUCCCUGGGAUAAUCGCUUCCCAAGCCUACAGCUGUCCUUACAGUGUUGAGUUUGUGUAACUUCUUGCCCAAGCAAGAAACGAGGAGAGAAAGACACUACAGCCUUCGCUGCGGAAAAGCUUCUGUCGCCAGAGCUGGGCAUCUUCAUUCACACCCAGCACACCAAAACCUCACUGCUUUGUGGACCAACCGCUAAGAGGGACUACAAGACCCUUGGCUACCACGCAACACCUCCAAACCUCAAGAAAGUUGGUCAGGAUUUACUGGAAGCAGAGCGGUCUGUAUCAUGUAUCUGUAUUACGUGCCAUUUACAUUAAAGCCUGUAUUUCUGUCCUGGCA